GCGCAUCCUCCGGACCCAUCGGCCUUUUCUCGGCGCCAUCGCCGCUGUUGCCCUUCCAGACCCAGCCUGGGGCACUCCUGCCGCCAUCCAAGUUAUACCACCUGCACCCGCCGAUAUGGAAACUGCAUAUAGCACCGACGGACUCUUAUCGGCGGCGCACUCACAUGCCUCAAUCGACUCACACGCCGAUCAGCUCGUCCCGUCGCUAUCGUCGUCCUCUGACCCCCUGCCGUCGCAUACACAACCGCAAGCCGUCCCGCCGCUGCCGCUUCCACCAGCCGAUCCUCGGUCGAAGGGGAUCGACGGCAGCCUCACAUCAGCAAGCGAGCCUGUGCCCGAAAACAAGCCGCCUUCCGAGUCCACGUCGGCACCGCUGGCAGCCUCACUGGCGUCGUUGCCGCCGAUACAACGCCCCGUAUCCGAGCCUCUUUUGAAUAGCAGCCAGCCAUUCGCCGACCCGCCGGAUCCUGAGAUUACCGAGCUGUCGUUGGCCUCCCGCGACCUUCAAAGCUACUGGCAUCUGGAGCUCUUCCCCGCACAGGCAGAGCACGUCGACGAGCGCAAGCGCGAACGAGUGCAGAACUUUCUUCGGGUUCCCUAUGAGCUGGAGAAGCUCAUGUUGCUUGGCUACUUUAUUUGUCUAGAUUCAUUCCUGUAUCUGUUCACGGUGCUGCCCGUCCGCAUCCUUAUCUCGGUCGGCUCCCUCCUGAAGAGCAUUGUCUUUUGCGGCAAGCCCAUGAAGGGCGUGCGCACCAUCGACCUGCUCAAAGGCAUCAUCAUAUUUAUAUGCUGCUACGCACUGCAGUACACCGACACGUCAUAUGCAUACCAUUCGAUCCGCGGACAGUCCGUCAUCAAGCUCUACUUCAUUUUCAGCUCCCUGGAGAUCUGCGACAAGCUCUGUAGCGCGUUCGGCCACGAUAUCCUGGACUCGCUGUUCUCGACCGUCAAGCGGCAGUCCAACGAACGGCUCAAUGAGAGCUUCACGCGCCAUCGCUACUGGGGGCGGAUCCCCCACUUUUGCAUCGCCAUGGUCUAUGUCUAUGUGCAUUCAAUCAUCCUCUUUUACGAAGUCAUGACCCUCAACGUGGCCAUCAACUCAUUCUCCAACGCACUGCUGACGCUGCUCCUCAGCAACCACUUUAGCGAAAUCAAGAGCCACGUGUUUAAGCGAUUCGAGCGAGAGAAUCUCUUCCAGCUGGCUAGUGGAGACAUGGUCGAGCGAUUUCAGUUGUCCGCGUUCCUGUGCAUGAUCACGGUUCUCAACUUUGUGGAAAUCUCUGGAGACGGCAGCAUGGACACGGUCAUUGGCUACUUGUACCAGAUCUCGCCCCUGGCUUUGUAUCAGUCGCUGGAGCUGCGCUUUCCCGCCAACAUCCAAGACCUGGCUGUCAUGGUCUCUCGGCUGGCUGUGUUGGUAUCGUCGCCGACCUACAAGCUCAUCGAGACCUUGGCCACGCCCGUGUUUUUCGUCAUGGGAACCGAGAUUCUGGUUGACAAUCUCAAGCAUGCCUUCAUCACCAAGUUCAACCACACAAAACCGCAAGUCUAUCAGGAGUUCAGGGACAGCCUGUUCCGCGAUCUGAUGGGCGUUCGUCUGAAAACGACCAUGGUUCCGGAUCAAUCCCCCUUUGUCGCCCGAAGAAUAGGCUUUGUCUCGAUCCCGCUGGCGUGCGUGGUCGUCCGAAUAUCGAUCCAGGCCUUGGAAAUGGGCGAAAUCGUCUCCGAGUUCGAGACCGCCAGUGUUGGGCGAUUCUUUGCGGCCAUUCCGCGCACGCAAGAUGACCUCCUUGGCUUUCUCAACUCGAUUCCGGAGCGCUAUCGUUGGCAGGAUAUUGAAGAUGGCACGGCCUACGUCCUCUAUGGACUUGCCGUGUAUGGGCUACUGGUGGUGGCCAAACUGAGCGUCGGGUACAUCCUGGCGUCUGUUGCUCGGUCUCGCAUCCUCGAGCUCACGGCCAAGGGCCGGGGUGUGCCUGAUCCCGUGCCAAACUUUGAGGUCCUGGACCUGAGCCGACGGAAGCCCCAUCCCGAACCCGACUCUGGCAAAGAUGUCUCGAAAACCAGCGGCGAAGGCGCUGGCGAGAGCCACCACGCAAAGGACAAGCCACCCGCAUCGCUCGAGGACGCCAAACUCGACAAGAUAGACCGCUUCAUGAUGAUCAAGAACCGCAUCGUAUGACCGAACGCUGUAAGGCCGAGAGGAGGGGAUCCUGCCCCAUUCCCACAACCACAACCACAACCACAACCACAACCACAACCACAACCACAACCACAACCACAACCACAACCACAACCACAACCACAAGGACGACAAAACAUGUCCCUCCUCUCGCCUCCAAAAGCAGACCAGCCGU